AAACUCUUUGCUUUUUUGUUUUUAGGUCCCGUGGAGAAGAAAAUAACUGUACAUCUUCAGAAACUUGACGUAGCUGAAGACGAUCAAGGGAACUACGGCUUUUUCACCAUAAUUUACAACCAGGGCUUCGAGAUUGUCUUGAAUAGCUACAAGUGGUUUGCAUUUUUUAAGUAUAAAAAAGAGGGUUCCACAGUGACAAGUUACUGCAACGAGACUCUACCAGGCUGGGUACAUGAUGUCCUGGGCCAUAAUUGGGCAUGUUUCACUGGAAUCAAGGUCUCGUCUUCAGGUUCCCAAGAUCGUGUGCAACAGCUACCUCCUUCGAAGAGCUCGGGAAGAAUUCAACAGAGGCUCCACGUGACCAACUAUGAUUUUGUGAAAGCCAUCAAUGCUGUUCAGAAAUCAUGGAGAGCAACUGCCUACAGGGAAUACGACAAGCUUACUUUACAAGACCUCGUUCGGAGAGCUGGAGGAUUGAGAUCCAAAACUCCCAGGUAAAGGAAGUUACUUGUCAGUGGGUAGA